AUGUUUAGAAAUUUGAGGUUACUUAAGUCAAAUUACCAGAUAAAUAAAAAAAGUAAAUUAAAAACAAAUACGAUUUACUUAAUAAAAUCACGAAACUUUUCUCAUAUUACUUCGAAACAUAAAUCAUUUAAUCAAAAUUAUAACAUAAAUAAUGAAUAUUUUACAAAAAAUGUCCGGAAUUCAUCCAUUUUGGCUGCAAUCAGUGAAAAAUCACAUUUAAUAUUUACAAAAUUGUCAGAAAGUUAUCCUGUUCAUAUUGCACAAGAUUUUUUAAUAAAUUUUCACGAUACAACAGGUCUUCCAUGGUGGGCAACAAUUAUAGGUUCAACAUGCUUGUUACGAGCUUGUGUGACACUUCCAUUGGGUGCUUAUCAACAGAGCAUUGUUGCAAAAUUAGAAAAUAUAACUGAUGAGAUGCGUAAUAUUGAACAUGAAUUAAAAGCAGAAACUGCUCUUGCCAUAAAAAAGUUUAAUUGGACGAAAAAGGAGGCUUUCGUAGUGUACAGGAGAUCGUUAAAAAAACAAUGGAAUAAAUUAAUAAUUCGUGAUAAUUGCCACCCGUUUAAAACGACAAUUUUAAUGUGGAUACAAAUACCUACAUGGAUUUGUUUAUCAGCUGCCAUUCGAAAUUUAGUGUAUAUGUUACCAAAUUUAGAUGUACAAGCACAGAUUAUUUUUGCUGAAUUACAAGUUGGAGGAUUUUUAUGGAUACCAAAUUUAACUAUACCAGAUAAUUCAUACAUUUUUCCGUUUGCAUUGGGAUUAAUUAAUUUGUUGAUAAUUGAAAUACAACUUGCAUCCAAGCUAAAAGAACAAAAGAAAAUACAAAAGUAUCUUACAAAUUUCUUUAGAGUACUUACUGUUGCUUUAGUACCUGUCGCUUGUACGGUUCCAUCAUGUUUAUGUUUAUAUUGGGUUACAUCUAGUACUUGUGGCUUAAUCCAAAAUUUAAUUUUAUUAUCUCCAAAAAUUCGUUACUUGUGUCGUAUACCAGCCACAAAAAAUAAUGUCUCUCAUCCUUAUCAAUUGGUUUGGAAUAAAUUAAAACAAAGAUUAACAUUUAGCUAGUCAAAUUAUAAUGGUAAAGUAAUUUUAAUAACGGGUGCUAGUUCUGGCAUUGGAGCCGCUACUGCGAUUAAUUUUUC